UCCCGAGGGCGGGAAGCGCUGGAAUCGGGAGAGGACGCUGCACUGAGGUGGGCAGCGCGGUAGGGGCCCCGGGAGACUGACUGGCGCUUCCGACUCGGGGCUGGGACACCAUGAACCCCAACAGGGAUCCGCAGGAGCGCCCUGAGGGACAAGCGGGGCGAGCGGGUCGGAUGCCCCUGGCCGAAGAAGCUUUGAAAGAUGUUUCCCUCUACUUCUCCAGGGAGGAGUGGGCAGAGAUGGGAGACUGGGAGAAAGGCCAGUACGGGAAUGUGAAGAGGAACUUCGAUGUACUCACCAGCCCAGGUCUCAGGGCCCCUCGACCAGCUUUCCUGUGUCACCACCGCAGGCAGGCCACUGAGCUCCAGGAGGAGGACCCUGAGGACUCUGAUGAAGAACGGGCUCCAAGGCAGCAAGUGAAACCUUGGGUGGCCUUCAGAAGGGAACAGAGUAAACACCAGAUGGCAACAUCCAGGGUGCCAUUAAGCAAUGAAUAUAGUUUGAAGGAAUUGUCAAGAACAGCGAAUUUGAUGACUGCAACUGAUUCAGAGCAUGCCCAGAAACCAGUGUCCCCUCCUGGAGAAGCUUGUGCUUUUGAAAAGCACACUAGACAAAUAUCGGAACUCAGGAGAAAGGAGAUUGAUAUGAAGAUGAACAGCCUACUAGAAGCAAAGGACUGUGUGUACCAAGAGGUCACCGAGCCCCAGGAUGAUGAUUACCUUUAUUGUGAGAAGUGUCGGAACUUCUUUACCGACACCUGUGCUGUGCAUGGACACCCCACAUUUGUAAAGGACAGUUUAGUGGACAAGGGGCAUCCCCAGCGCUCAGCCCUCACCCUGCCCCCUGGGUUGAGAAUCGGACCAUCCUGCAUCCCUGAGGCUGGGCUUGGAGUGUGGAAUGAGGCAGCAGACUUGCCAGUGGGUCUGCACUUUGGCCCUUAUGAAGGACACAUCACAGAAGAUGAAGAGGCAGCCAAGAGCAGAUACUCCUGGCUGAUCGCCAAAGGGAGAAACUGCUAUGAGUAUGUGGAUGGAAAGGACAGAUCCUGGGCCAACUGGAUGAGGUAUGUGAACUGUGCCCGGAAUGAUGAAGAGCAGAACCUGGUGGCCUUUCAAUACCACAGGCAGAUUUUCUACCGAACCUGCCGGGUCAUCAAGCCAGGCAGUGAACUGCUGGUCUGGUUUGGGGACGAGUAUGGCCAGGAGCUGGGCAGCAAGUGGGGCAGCAAGUGGAAGAGACAGCUCACAUCCGGGAGAGCAGAACCAAAGCCAGAGAUCCACCCAUGUCCCUCCUGCUCUCUGGCCUUCUCCCAUCAGAAAUUCCUCAGCCAACAUGUGAAACUCAGUCAUCCCUCUCAGAUUCUCCCAGGAACAUCUGCAAGAAAACACCUCCAAGCAGAGGAACCCUGUCCAGAGGAUCAGAAUCAGCAGCACCAACAUACUAAUAUACACAGCUGGAAAGAUAAAGCUGAAGGUCAAGAGGUCAAACAAAGGUCCAAAUCCUUGCUUAAAAGGGUCAGUCAGAAGAGAAUCUCAAGAUCCUUUUUCCAAGUUUCCGAAGAACAAAUGAGGAGCUCUAGUGAGCAUGAGAGAAUGAUGGAGGAAGAGCCUCACAGAGGCCAGAAACAGAGUCCAGAGGGUGCAGGCAAGUUACUUCUGAAAGUAGGAAUGUCAAGAAUUCUAAUGAUCAAGUAUGGAGGGUUUCAGCAAGGCUCCAGUGAUGGGUCACAUCUCAUCACACACCAGGAGACACACUCUGGAGAGAAGCCCUAUGUUUGCAGGGAGUGCGGGCGAGGCUUUACCUGGAAGUCAGCCCUCGUCAGACACCAGAGGACACACUCAUGGGAGAAGCCCUACGUUUGCCAGGAGUGCGAGAGAGGCUUUACCUCCAAGUCAGAUCUCAUCAGACACCAGAGGACACACUCAGGAGAGAAGCCCUAUGCUUGCAGGGAAUGUGGGCGAGGCUUUUCACGGAAGUCACAUCUCAUCGCACACCAGAGGACACACUCUGGAGAGAAGCCCUAUGUUUGUGGGGAGUGCGGGCGAGGCUUUAUAAGGAAGUCAGCUCUCAUCAAACACCAGAGGACACACUCAUGGGAGAGGCCCUAUGUUUGCCAGGAGUGCGAGAGAGGCUUUACCUCCAAGUCAGAUCUCAUCAGACACCAGAAGACACACUCAGGAGAGAAACCCUAUGUUUGCGGGGAAUGUGGGCGAGGCUUCACCUGGAAGUCAGUUCUCAUCACACACCAGAGGACACACUCAGGGGAGAAGCCCUAUGUUUGUGGGGAGUGUGGGCGAGGCUUUAUAUGGAAGUCAGUUCUCAUCACACACCAGAGGACACACUCUGGGGAGAAGCCCUAUGUUUGCAGGGAGUGUGGGAGAGGCUUUACAUGGAAGUCAGGUCUCAUCACACAUCAGAGGACACACUCUGGAGAGAAGCCCUAUGUUUGCAGGGAAUGCGGGCGAGGCUUUACACACAAGUCAGGUCUCAUCCGACACCAGAGGACACACUCUGGGGAGAAGCCCUAUGUUUGCAGGGAAUGUGGACAAGGCUUUACAUGCAAGUCACAUCUCAUCCGACACCAAACGAUACACUCUGGAAAGAAGCCCUUUGUUUGCAGGGAGUGUGAACAAGGCUUUACACGCAAGUCACAUCUCAUCACACACCGGAGGACACACUCGGGAGAAGCCCUAUGUUUGCAGGUGGAGUGAGUAAGUCAUUAGCAUUAAGUUGCCUAUCAAUAGCCAUAGGAAGUCUGCAGCCGCUUACAAUCCCCAAGAUUGUAAUUAGUACAGAAAUAACUGGUUAAACCUUCCACUUUCAUGACAAGAGAUGAGGUGGACA